AACGGUUCAUUUCACAUAAAAAGCGCUUCCGCCGUUCAGUUCAGCUCAGCUCAGCUCUCUGUCUCGCUCUCCUGUGUGUCCGAGUGUGUGUGCGUGUGUGUUGGCAUGUUGGCCACAGAUAGAGAAAAAUUUAAUCAUUAAAUUAAAUAGCGACCGAAAUAGCGAUCCCUGCAACUGGAACAAAAGUUAGCCCUCGGGUUCAUUCCGCGACAUCAACAGCAACAGCAUUAGCAUCAGAAAUAUUUGCAGUCUGUGUGAAAGUGGCAGAUAGAGUGGGAUAGAGUGCUAGAGCGUGGCACGACGUGGUGUUGCUUUUGUUGCCUUUGUUGCCACACAUUUGUACACCCACGCACAAGAGCAGGCAGAACCACUACCACUACCACCACAGAACACACAACACACACAUACAAGCACGCUUCUGGGUGGUGAAAGUGAAAGUGACGCCCCAGCGUAGCACCCAACGGAUCCCAACGGCUCCAGUCCAGUGUUUGACUUGAGAAAAGCAGAGAAAAAAUAAUACCCGUAAUGGUUUAAUAUUUAGUAAGCAACGGAUAUGACCAAUCCGAAUCAGACACGUACGUACAUACAUACGAGUAUGUACGAGUGAAUCCACUGUCUAUCUAGCAGCGAGGGCCAGUAGACGAGACGAAUUCACAUUGCAACAGUAAACCCAAAUGCCAGAGGCGCUGAUACUGCUCGGCAUGGCUGACGCAGAGCCGGACCUAUCGACGUUCGAGAACAAAACGGGACUGGCCGAGGACAUGAAGUUCCUCGCCUCCAUGCCGGAGCUGUGUGAUGUAACCUUCCUGGUGGGCGACACCCGAGAGCCCGUCUGUGCCGUUAAGGCCGUGCUGGCAUCCCGUUCCCGUGUCUUUGCGAAAAUGCUUUAUGCGGCGCCAUCGCCGCAGCGUAAGCGGGAGACCUCCACGAAGGAGAACAAGCUGCGCCUCUUCCUCAAGCGUUCCUCGGAGCCGCUGUUGAAUCUGCAGAAUGCCGCACAACAGAGAACCGGUUUCACCCAACAAUUAGCUCCGAUAACCGAGCCCACAGGUCAGCAGCACCAGACGCUGAUCAUUGAGGAGUUUGAGCCAGAUGUCUUCCGCCAGCUCAUCGAGUACAUCCACACGGGCUGUGUGACCCUGCAGCCGCGCACCCUGCUGGGUGUUAUGAAUGCUGCCGAUUACUAUGGCCUGGAGGAGCUGCGUCGCGCCUGCGCAGGAUUCGUGCAGUGCUGCAUCAACGUGGACACCGUUUGCGCCCUGCUGGCCUCCGCCGAGCGCUACAUCCAGUACAAAUGCACAAAGACCCUGGUGCAGAAGGUGCUCGAGUUUGUGGACGAGCACGGGACGGAGGUGCUCAAUCUGGGGAGCUUCACCCUUCUGCCGCAGCAUGUGGUGCGCCUGAUUCUGGCCAGGGAGGAGCUGCGGGCGGACGAGUUCACCAAGUUCCAGGCGGCGCUGAUGUGGAGCAAAAAGUAUUACGACAACAAUCCGAACAUUGACAUCAAGGAGAUUUUGGGCACCUUCCUGGAGUACAUACAGUUCCACAAGAUACCCGCGAAUGUGCUGAUGCGGGAGAUCCAUCCGCUGAGCCUGGUGCCCUACGCGAUCAUCAUGAAUGCCUUGGCCUACCAGGCAGACCCAGAAAGCAUCGACCCCGGAAAGCUGUCUCCCAACUCUAGCCGACACCGCCACCGCCACCACCACCAGUCCCUGCCGAAGAUCCGCAAGGCCAAGUCGCAGUCGUUCCGCUCGCGACGCAGCCCCUCCGAGCGGCGCAGCCCCAACCUCACCCUCAACACCACCUCGGCUGGGGCCAGCAGCGAAAAGAAGCGCAGUCCGCUGACGCCGAAGAGUCCGGUGCCAACGGAGCCGGAAUCCAAGAGCCCGGGCAGCGGCUCACAGAAGACGCCGACCACGCUCUCUCGCCAGGGCACACUCCGGGCCUCCAGCCGGCGGAAGAACAGCGGACAACUCUCCAUCUCGCUGGGCACCCAGGGCCGGCGUAGUCCGGUGGGCACAAGCGAUCGCAGUCCCCAGGGCAGGCGCAGUCCGCUCUUCCCCGGAAGCAGCAGCGGCCUGCGUUCGCCCAACGACCAGCCCAGUCCCACUGCCAGAAGCCCAACGGGAGAGCCCCGAAGGAGCAGUCCCACCUUCAGUGUGCACACCCAGGAGCGUCGCUCGCCCCUAGGGGCCACUGCACCCACGGAUUUUGGCUGCCAGACGGGUUUUCCGGGUUCCCGAAGGAGUCCCACCUCCACAGUUCACGUGCAGGACAUGGCCACGGAGCCGGAGGAGGCGGGCUUCGUGGGAAUGAAGCGACCCUCGAUCAGCCUCUUCACACCGAUCUACUUUGCCAGCGAGAAGCGGUCCCCCAUGGGCAUGGGACCCAUUCCGCCGAUCCACGUUUCCAAUCCAGCCGAGACCUACAAGAGUGCGGAACGCGAGAGGGAGGCGGCCGAGGCAGCUGCCCGGGAGUUGGAGCGGGAGAGGGAGAAGGAGGCCGCGCAGGCGCAGCCGCAGCAGCAGGAGAAGAAGAGCGUCAUGCGGGAGAUCCUGGCCUUUGUGCGAAAGCCCUCCAGGGUGAUGAGCACGCGCACGAACCGCUUCGCCAACGCCUUCACCCGGGCGGAGUCGGGAUCCUCCAGCGGGCCUCUGAUCCGGCAGAGCACCUUCUCGGCCAGCCCGGCCCCCUCAUCCACCGCCUCGAGGGGUGCCGUUCAGAAGCAGAUGUCGGAGGUGGGAUUCGAGCCGAAGAUGUCCCUCAAGUUUGCCCACUACACCAAGAUGAGUCUCAAGCUGCGCCGAUCCGCCAAGCGCGACGAGGAGGAGAAGCAGCAGAAGCAGCAAAGCUCGGCCUCGGGAUCCAAGCGGCCCAGCGCGGACUCCAAUGCGGGGAUCAUAGAGCAGGUAGGUGGCUCAGGAUCUGCAUCCGCAUCAGCAUCAGCAUCCGCAUCGGGCGAGGAGCUGCCAUUCGAGCUGGCCAACGUCCACUUCGAAAAGGUAGGUGAGUCCUAUAUCAAGCAUGAGCGACUCCGGGAGCUAGUCGAGCCGGACCAGGAGACGGACGCGAAGGGGGAAGCCGCAGCCGCAGCCGGAUCCGGUUCCGAGGUCGUGCCAGAUGUCGAGCCGGAGCAGACGGAUGCCGCCAUGGCCCAGUUCGUGGAAGAGGUCACCAACUCGCUCAAAGUGGUGGCCCUAAAUGGGGACGGAGGAGCCGCGGUGGUGCACCACUUCACGCGCCGCUCGGAGAGUCGGGAGCCCAUCGAGCCGCGGAUCAGCGAAGAGCACGAGUCGGACACCAACGACCUGAUUAUUCCGGAGGAGCUGCGUGCCGAGCUAGUAGAGAUCUUGAAGGCCUAUGCGCCAGAACCAGUUUAUGUUAAUCUGCAGGAGCUGCGGCGCGAAACGGAUGAGGUGGAGGCGGCCGCCCAGGCUGUGGCAGAAGCAGCGGCAGCAGUAGCAGCAGCAGCAGCAGCCGCAGCUGCAGCGGCAGCCUCUGCCCCGCCCGUGAAGCAGCCGCUGCAGUGUCCUACUAUUGAGUUUGAGCCGCCGUCGCGCCGAUCUUCCUUCGACCCGCCACGCUCGCCCUUCCUCGAACAGCUGCGCAGCCCCGGGGGGGACACGGACACGGAUCUGAUCAAUCUGCAGCGUCUGGACUCGGGCGGCGACAGCUUCGAGAUGGUCGAGGGUGACCGCAAGUCGAGCCGCGCCGAGUCCAGCUUCGACUGUCCGUACUCGUCGCGCGACACCAGCUUCGAUGUGUCCAUAUCGCGGUACCAGUCCACCAGCUACGAGGACCAGACCUCCAGCUUCGAGAUCGUGGACACGGACGAGCGCAACCGGCGUCCGGUGGACUUGCGCAAGAGCUCCAUCGAGCUGGUCGAUGCGGAGACAUUUCAGCGGUCAGGCUCCUCCUGCGGCAGGAAGUCCUCGCUGGAGACGCACUUCGACUACACGCCCUCAGAGACGAGUGGCGUCACGCCCGCCCGCUCGCCCAACUUCCCGCUGAUGACCAAGAAGCAAAAGGCCGAGACCUUCCGGCAGCUGCACAUCUCACCCUUCAGUGCCUUCUCGCGGGCACGCAGUCCGCUCUCGCAGCAGACCUCCUCGAACUACAGCUCGCGGGACAGCUACGACUCGAGUUCGUCGUAUCAGGGCGGACCCAGCCACGGCCAUGGCCACGGACCGUAUGCCGAUCCCAGCCGGAAGCACUUCCCGCUCACAAUCAAGCGCGAUCAGCGCGAGGAGGAGGUGAAGACCUUCCUCUGCACCGACCAGCGAUGUGCAUCCAUCUUCGAGCCGCGGCCCAGCUCUGUGCUCACCCAGCAGCUAUCCACGGGCUCAAUGUCCACCCCCUCGGGCUACACCAACGGCACGCCACGCAUUCCCAGCAGCACCGUUGGCACCGUGCCAUCCGCUGCUGCCCUGCCCCAGGGGCAGCUCCACAGCUGCGGUUUCUCCAGCGGCAGCGAGUUCGAGCCGCCAUCCCCACGACGGGCGGCCAGUGCCUCGCCGAAGCACACCUUCACGUUCCGCAUCGUGAUGAAGAAGGUGGACAGCUCGCCGGAGGCCCUGUGCCCGGAAAGGCAUCGAUCCCGCAUCAUAGAUCGCUACCGGCGACGCGACAGUCGACGCAAGCGCAUCCAUGAGGCGGGCAAGAGCUUUUAGGCGGCUUAUAUGGAAUGGUGGAAUAAUGUUUUGGUGUACUUUGUUCAGUUAACCACGGUGAACCUCAUGAGUAUUCAUUGCGGCAAUCUCUAUAUAUAUCUUCUUGGAUAUAAUAUGUUUUUGACAAUCUCAAUGUUUAAUCUCAAGCUCUAAAUCUAAAUCUAAAUCUAGAACUAUAACUAAAUCUAAAACUGAAACUGAAAAGCAUCGCAUCUCGAGCGUGUCUGUAGGAUUAAGUGGAAACCAAACUCAAACUUUAUAAAAUGGUUCUGGUUUUAGGCCGUUUCAAAGCUCUACCCAACCAGGCACUUCGGCCGAACCGAAGCCAGUUAUAUGUAUGUGUACACGCCUCCUCCAUUAUAGAAGAAGGGGAACACUCUAAACAAGGAGAGUCUACCCAGAUGGGGAUCCAGUUGAUCCAAAUGAGUCAAGAAAUAGUUGAAUAGAAAUUGUUAUUCUAAAUGAUCUACAAAUGUAUGUGAAACAAUAAUUCCUCCCACGAUUUACCUGAUUACUAUUUAAAACAAUAGAUCAAACAUUUAUUAUAUAGUAUUAUAUACAUUACAUACAUAUAUACAUAUAUAUACAUAUAUACACAUAUAGUACAUACAUGGAUGUACGUAUUUGGAUAGAGGGGUUCAAACUUUGAUGUUGUAAUUAUUGUGGAAAACCAAAUUAUACGAUAAGUAUUUGUGCAUUUUUACGUGGUUCCUGUUAUAUACGUAUAGCUGUAGGAUAUACCUGCAUAUACAAGUGUAGAUGUGUGCGAGUAUUACACAUUCUGUCUGUCUGUCUGAAUGGAUGGAUGGAUGGUACCUAUAAAAUAAUAUAACCCAUACAGAUUAUAUUCUUAAGAUCUAUGUAAACGCUAUAUUCUAAAUGUAACCCAACUGCGCGGCUAUUGCAAGUGGUGGCAUCAUUAUUAUUUACAUAGUUGGACAUUAUACGAUACGAGUUUAUAUAUACAUACAUACAUACAUACAUACAUGUAUUUAAAGCUGGAUUUGGGGCCGUACUUAAAUCUUAAAAAUACUUAGAGAAAAGCGAACGAAAGAGGAAACUCGCGUAUUAUAAAAGGAAUAUUAAAUGUUAAACUUUGAGCAAGAUUUUUGGACUCUGUGUUUGUUAGUUAAACGAAAACAAAACCCAAAACCCAAAACAAAAAUGAAUAUGAAUAUGACAAAUGAAAAUUGAGAAAAGGAAAUCCUACAUUUAAGCAAUCCAAGUAUCAUUAUUUACAAGAUAUUUAUUAUACAUAUAUUAACGGUUAAGCGAUGAUAUGGAUGUUGUGGGCUUUUUAGCAAGUCAAGUCGAUGUAGGAGGUGUAGCAGGUGAAGAAAGAUAUCAGCAUUUUACAGGUAAUUACGCACUAUGAGCAUUUACUUCUAACCACAACAUACUCAAACUCCAACUCGUACUCGUACUCGUGCUCGUAUUUGGUAAAUAAUCGUAAAUUUCGUAAAGUACUUGAAACUACACAGAGACAGCAAUCGAUCUCCAAGCUUAUUGUACACUCGAACUCGAAACUAACCUGAAUGGAAUGCCAGUAGAAUCGUUGCUAUUUUGAUUUGUAGUUGCUUGCUAUCGAAACUAAACUAAACUAAAUCGAUUCGAUUCGAUUCGAAAACAGAUCGCUUAAACAGUUCGUAGUGCUAACGAUGCGGAUAUCUGCGAUCGAUUUUCAGUUGUGUUCAGUGCCUCUGCAUGCUUGCGAGGAGGGGCAUUAGAGAGAGGGAGAGAUUCCAGAUUCCAGAGCACCCAACUACAAUUUCACAAUGCGACCUUCUUCUAUUUGCAGAGUGAUGGUUUUUUACAGUGCAGUGUUGCAGCGAUCGAUCAGAGGAGUAUCAGUC